AUGUAUUUAGUUUUUUUUAUUCUUGCCUCUUUGUUGCUAAGAGUUGAGGCGGGACUUUUCGAUAGAUACAGCGGGAAAAAAAUCGAAGAUAACAAAAAGGCAAAAGAAUUUCAGUCGACGAGUCUUACCGAGGUAUGUUCAAUAAAUAUAAAAUCCUGUACACCUCAUGAAGGCAGUCGGAUUGAUGGUACCUGUAACAACUAUAAAUAUCCGUCAACAGGAUCUGCUCGAGGGCCUUAUCUGAGGCUUUUUAAACCAGACUAUACUGCCAAUAAUACAAUUCGCAAAGACAUUAAUGGAAAACCAUUGCCGUCGGCCCGCAAGAUCAGGACAACAUUACUGUCAAAAGGACGGGUGAAUGAUCCUAUCUUAAACGUAGCUGCAGUUCAUUUCUUGGAAUUCAUCAAUAGAGAUGUCAGCACACUGAAUAUAUCAUUCAACUAUCUGAAACAUGUAUCUGACUGUUGCAACACACAAGCAACAGAUCCCCGAUGUGCUCCCAUAGAAGUCCCCGAUGACGAUCCCUAUCUGAAGGUAACAAAUAUACGGUGCCUAAACUUCUCUCGUGCCGAAACUUUCAAAGAUAUAGGAUGUACACCUCAAAUAAAACAUCCAGAACAGAUCAAUUACCAAACACCAACAAUAGAUCUAUCAACUAUAUAUGGAGUGGAUGAAAAAGCUCUUAGUACUAUCAGGGAAUUUAAAAAUGGAUCACUCCGUGAAGAGAAAAUAGCAAACCCUAAUAACAAGACUGAAGAUUUAUGUGUUAAAUAUCAUGAAAAUGAAACGAUUUGUUAUAAAUUCGGAUAUCCAGAAAUAGCCAAGUUUGACCUCAGAACGACAACUUUCAGCCUUUUCUUUAUAAGGGAGCACAACAGAUUGGCCAAAGCACUCCACAAAAUUAACCCAUGUUGGAAAGACGAUCGUUUGUUCAAGGUGGCAAGAAUGAUCAAUAUUGCAACAGCGGCUAAUAUGUUUAUGUACGAACUCCUACCGGAACUUAUGGGAUACAGAAAUAUGAUAAAUCAUGGUCUAAUAUCGAAACACAUUGAAUACGUGACUGCAUACGACGAAGAUGCGGUCCCAUUGGUAUACGCCGAAUACGAACUUGCAAUGAGAUUUUUCCACACUUUUUGGGAUGGCCGUAUCAAAAAAUAUGACGAAAAUCUGCAUUUUGUUGGAGAUUUGACCUUAAGUGAUACAUUAUUUAGUUAUGAUUCAAUACAAAAUGAUAAGAUUUUUAAAGAAGUCAACCGUGGUACGUUCUUUCAAAACGCUGGGAAAAUUGACGAUAUUAUUGAUCCUGAGAUUUCAGAGAAUUUCUAUAGUAAAAUAGAAAAAGCGCAUGAUCUCAUGGCCGAGGAUAUACAAAGGGGCAGAGAUAUGAGUGUACCACCAUAUAAUAAAUACAGACAGUUAUGUGGUAUGACACCGGCUAAAAAAUUUGAAGACUUUUUAGACGCUAUGAAUAUUGAGAAAAUGGAAACUCUGAAGACACUUUACAACAAUGUAGAUGAUGUAGAUUUGUUCGUUGGAAUUGUAAGCGAAAACUUUGUCCAAGAAGCCCAUAUAGGACCAACUCUAUACUGCAUUAUGGCAAAGCAACUUCAAAUAUUCAGAUUCGCCGACCGAUUUUGGUUUGAAAGAGGUGACCAAUUCCACAGCUUUUCAUUGUCUCAAUUACAUGAGAUCAGAAAAAGCAAUAUGGCGCGGUUUGCAUGUGACAACGCCGGUAUCGAAUUCAUUCAGCCGCGCGCAUUCUACGUUCCAGGCCAUGGUCACCAGUACAUCAAUGCUAAAAAUGUCGAGUUGAAGGGCGACACUGGGAGCACUGUAUGUACACGACGGUCUACCUACAAACCUAGUGGCAAUAACACGGCGGACGAAGAAGAAGACUACGGAGACCAGCCGAUCAUAUCCGAAGAGUUCCGAACGCCGUCUUUCUUAUCUGUGACGAUGCCGCUACACGCUUUCAACAAGAACUUACAGCUCGUUCAGCAAGUCGGGAAAAUUUCUACCGAUUUCGAGAAUGCACAUCUCCUUAUUCUGGAUUUACAUGAUGAUUCAGAGUCCGAUGAUGAGGGUGUUCGUGAGAGUUUUGAUGAUAUGUAUUUUAAUGUUCUAGCCUUGCAACGUACAUAUACUAAACCUAAGGUACGGAAUGAACCGGAACAGAACAGUUCUUCACAUAUAAAAUUACCCAAGGACACAAUAAAAUCGGUCAAUACUGCAUCAUUAUUGACACAUAACUCGAGUGUCAAUACAACUGUGCUGCUAGCAACAGCGAUUGUUACGGUAAAGGACCGUCUCGGUAACAUUCAAACUUUUCGUGCAUUGUUUGACACUGGCAGUCAGAAUAAUUUUAUUACUGAAGAAGCAGUAAAUCGUUUGAAUCUUAAUUUAGUUUCUUCUUCUUACUCAAUUAAAGGCUUGGGUGACGUGUCGGCGGCAACUAGCGGUAUAGUACGCUGUGUAGUUGGAAGCUUAUCGGCAAAUAACACUGAAGUGUCAUUUGAACUUGACAUGCACGUCAUUCCCAAGAUCUGUUGUGAUCAACCCAUUGCGAAACUAAACACUUUUGGGUGGUCACACAUCGAAUCAUUAAAUCUAGCUGAUCCUGGGUUUGCCAUACCCGGCCCUGUGGAUUUGUUACUUGGUGCAGACGUCUUCGCGGAUUCGCUCCUUACCGAACGCAUUAAGGGCGGUCCAUCGCAGCCACCAGCAUUUAAUUCAGUGUUUGGUUGGUUAUUAUUAGGCAAAACUUUGUUAUCAUGUUCAUCAUUGGCCGCGUUGCAAUCGAAUGUUGAAUCAGAACGUCUUGUGAAAUUGGUUGAACAAUUUUGGGAACUCGAUAGUGUAUCACAAGCUAAUUCAUAUACUCCUGAAGAUAUUCUUUGUGAGAAAGAAUAUGUCGCAACCACAACUCGAGAUAAGUCUGGUCGAUAUGAGGUAUAUUUACCGUUUAAAAACUCAUGUGAACCUGUUUUCAUGGGAUCUCGUGAAAUAGCGGAGAGGCGCUUUUAUGCACUUGAACGGCGUCUGUCUCGGAAUCCUGACCUAAAAUGUCAAUACGUUAAUUUCAUGCAAGACUAUAUUCAAAGCGGUCACAUGUCAUUAGUACCUGUUUCAGAAAAUCGUCGCGGUAAAUACUAUAUUCCGCAUCAUUGUAUUAUACGGCCGACAGUCCUACAACACAGCUUCGCGUAG